GAAAUUUUAACAAGGUCUAAUUAAUUUUUUGAAGGAAAAAAUAUAUAACUAAGCAUAAAUAAAAAUCUUAUAGAAACAUAAAUAUAAGAAAAAGAUUAAUAUAUGAUGCUUAUAAUGAUGAGCUGUCGUCUCAUAUUCUCGUUUGAUUCAAAACGAUAGAAAUCGACAAAGAAGGUGUGAAGAAGUUGGGAAAACAAAAUUAACGCUUGAAGAAUCUAAAGGUUUAGCUUUUUUCUCAAUCCGAUCAUUCACCGAGAAAUAUUCUAUUUUAUAUAUUUAUGUGAAGCUCUUCAAUUGAAGAAAGAAGAAGAAAAGACAAUCGUCAAAUGCUUGACUUUGGUUUCAGUUCUUCUUCACGACAGCUCAAGCUAAUGAUCAAGAUACUUGAGAUAUAAUAACACACCUUAUUUAAUGCAAAUGGGCCUACAAAUUCUACUAGGAAGAUCGGCUCUUUGAUGGGAUGGGACACCAAGAAAUCACCAUGGGUUUAUGAUGCUAUCAAUUACUAGUAGUACGUGUUAUCUUCUGAAUAUAUAUCAUGGCAUCCUCUGGACUGGGAAAUGGAGUAGGCACUUCGAGAUCUGCCAAAGGUUUAAAGAGCUCUUCUAGUUCUGUCGAUUGGUUGACCAGAGAUUUGGCUGAGACGAGGAUAAGGGACAAAGUAGAGACCGAUGAUGAGAGAGAUAGUGAACCAGAUAUUAUUGAUGGGGCUGGUGCUGAGCCUGGUCAUGUGAUUAGAACCACACUCCGUGGUCGAAAUGGUCAAUCAAGACAGACAGUCAGUUACAUAUCAGAACAUGUUGUUGGUACUGGUUCCUUUGGCAUGGUUUUCCAAGCUAAAUGUAGGGAAACUGGGGAGGUUGUUGCCAUCAAGAAGGUUCUACAAGACAAACGCUACAAGAACAGGGAGCUACAAAUAAUGCAGAUGCUAGACCAUCCCAAUGCCGUUGCUUUAAAGCAUAGCUUUUUCUCAAGAACAGACAACGAAGAGGUUUAUUUGAAUCUUGUCCUUGAAUUUGUGCCUGAGACCGUCAAUCGUGUUGCAAGAAGUUAUAGUAGGACAAACCAGCUGAUGCCAUUGAUAUAUGUUAAACUCUACACCUAUCAGAUUUGCAGGGCGCUUGCUUACAUCCAUAAUUCCUUUGGUCUUUGUCACCGUGAUAUCAAGCCUCAAAACCUGCUGGUGAACCCACACACGCAUCAGCUAAAAAUAUGUGAUUUCGGGAGUGCAAAAGUGUUGGUAAAAGGAGAACCCAAUGUUUCUUACAUCUGUUCUAGAUACUAUCGUGCUCCAGAACUCAUUUUUGGUGCCAGUGAAUACACAACUGCAAUUGAUAUAUGGUCCACUGGUUGUGUGAUGGCCGAACUGCUUCUUGGACAGCCUCUGUUUCCUGGUGAGAGCGGAGUUGAUCAGCUUGUUGAAAUCAUUAAGGUUUUAGGUACACCAACAAGGGAAGAAAUCAAGUGCAUGAAUCCAAACUAUACAGAAUUUAAGUUUCCGCAGAUAAAACCUCAUCCAUGGCACAAGGUGUUCCAAAAACGUUUGCCACCAGAAGCAGUUGAUCUUCUUUGUAGGUUCUUCCAAUAUUCCCCCAAUUUGAGAUGUACAGCUUUGGAAGCUUGUAUCCAUCCGUUAUUUGAUGAGCUAAGGGACCCAAACACUCGUCUUCCCAAUGGCCGACCACUUCCUCCACUUUUCAACUUUAAACCGCAAGAGCUAUCUGGCAUACCUCCUGAAAUCGUGAACAGGCUUGUCCCAGAGCAUGCCCGUAAGCAGAACCUCUUCAUGGCUUUGCAUUCGUAAGACGCUUAUCGGUUUUUGCAUCUGUAUAAGCAAGCUCUCUUGAUAUCAAUAUUUGGAGCAGCCAGUUUUCAGCCAUUUGGCUUUUGUUUUUGGUGAGUUCUUUUUCUUUAUUUUUUUUCUGUUUGGUUGGUUAUAUGUCGAUGAGGAUGCAUGAAUACAAACAGUACUUGAGGUUUGCUGGUUACAGACCACUUGUUUGUUUCACGGCCACCAUAUAACCUUAUCUAUCGCAAACUGUUUUAAAGCAUGUAAAUUACUAACCAAAAUUAAUUGCAUCGUUUAGUUUUACAAAUAGAAAAGAAAAAUCAACUAAAAAUUAAUGACUUUGCCGCUCAUGUGUUUGCACAUUGUGUUUCUGUGAAAAUCAAACCGAUUCCUUCGUGAAAAUAGCCGUG